AUGAAAUCAUCUCUCUACGCCGCUCUUACAGCUGCUGCCGGCGUUGUCACAGCCAACCCGGUUUCCAAGCGUGCUGCUAUCACUGAUGCCGAGAUCCUCAACUAUGCUCUGACUCUCGAGCACCUGGAGGCAACUUUCUACGCUCAGGGCCUCCAGAACUACUCGCAGGCUGACUUCGUCAAUGCUGGAUUCCCUGACCCAUUCUACGACAACCUAAUGAGAGUUGCCGCUGACGAGAAGACGCACGUCAACUUUCUAACUAGCGCUCUUGAGGCCGCUGGUGCUCCUGCUACUGCUGAAUGCACUUAUUCCUUCCCGGCCACCGAUGUACCCAGCUUUAUAGCCCUCGCCAACGUCCUUGAGGGGGUUGGUGUCAGCGCCUACCUCGGAGCUGCUGCCUCUAUUGCGAGCAAGGAGUACCUCACUGACGCGGGCUCUAUCCUAACUGUUGAGGCCCGACACAGCUCUUACCUCCGGGCUGCUGAUGGCGAGGUUCCCUUUGCCCAGCCUUUUGACAACCCGCUCGACUUUGAUGAAGUCUUCACUCUCGCUUCUCAAUUUAUUGUGUCUUGCCCUAGCAGCAAUCCUGCUCUACCCGUCAAGGCAUUCCCUACCUUGACUAGCACUUCUAGCGGCACCAUUUUGAACGGCGACCACGUCACCCUCGUGACAGGAAAUGGUUUCACUGCUAACGGACCUGUCUUCGCCGCUUUCAUCACCGUCACUGGUCCAAUCUGGACUACUGUUACUCCUGCUGAUGGCGGCUUCUCCGUUCAAAUCCCGGACGGCGUUGAGGGUCAGAGCUAUGUCGUCCUGACUUCCUCCAAGGAUAGCGUCUCUGACGAUGACAUCCUUGCUGGGCCUGCAAUUCUCGAAGUAGGUUAA